GCUCCAGGCUCCGGCGGCGGGGACAGACCGCAGUGUAACCCGAGCGCCCGAGCCUCCUCUGCCCGCCCGCCCGCGCCGCUCCGCUCGCUGGAUAUUUGGGAUGUUUUAGCUCCGGGGACAAAGACACGUUUCCAGGCGGGGGACGGUUCCACUUUUCGCAGAUGUUCACGGGGGAAAACACGGCGGAAAGAACGAGAAGAAUGACGGAAAACUCUGAAACGCGAUCUGUGUGGACAUGAGCUGUGAGAGGUCGUACGUGCUGCUGACGCCGCGGCCUGCGUCAUGCAUCUUCCAAACGGCCGACGAGAAGGACGAGCUCCCUGGAGUCGGGGACGAGAGUGUUCUGGAGAUGCUGAGUUACUCCAAGUUCUCAGACCUGGAGGCGUGGCUGUGUAUGCCCUCGUCUCUGCGUCUGCCUCGCUCCCUCGACUCCUCUUCCUCCUCCUCCUCUUCAUCACAAACGUCAGUGCGAUCCUCUAGCUCUGUCCCUGGGUCUGGCUCGUCCACUCUGCCCCAGAACGCCUCACAGCCCCUGAACGCCUCACAGCCCCUGAACGCCUCACAGCCCCUGAACGCCUCACAGCCCCUGAACGCCUCACAGCCCCUGAACGCCUCACAGCGCUCUCUCUGCAGCCACAGUGCAGACGGGGACAGACCUUCAGAGAAAGUGCACUCCUUCUUGAGCCCUACGCUGGUUCGAGAUCCUCAGUUCCUCUCCACUCCGGUCCUGACCUCCACGCCUCUGACCUCCCUGACCCCCGUGACCCCUGUGAUCUCUGUGACCUCUGACCCUUUGACCCAGUCUGACUCCUCUCCGAGCGGAGUGACAGUGAGGAAGAGGCGGAGACUGGCAGCGAGUCCUGGAGGUCUGCACUGGAACUCAGCAGGUUCGGUGCAGCGUGACUUCCUGUCUCCCGUGUCACCUGACCCGUUUCCCGUGGCGACAGCAGGUUUGCGAGGGGGCGGGGCCGCAGGUGACGGGUGCGACAGGGUCACUCUGAGGAAGACUUUUUCUGUGGACGACCAGUUUCUCCAGAGCGCUCCCAAACUGAAGCUGCUGAGUCGACUGGAGCGAGGGACACGGAAACUGCGCAAUAUCCACACGGGGGGCGCCGCCGGACGCUUCGACCACAGGAAAAAACCUGAAGGGGGCAGUAUUGGUCGCCUGGCUCAGAGGUGGAAGCGCUGGUCUUUAGGAGAUGGUCUAAACGCAGAGUUCACCUCUCUCUUCUACUCAGGACUCCACCACUCCUCUGGCAGCCUCGACAGGCGCACAGCGGGAGCCAUGCAGCAGAUGCAGAGUCUGCAGCUCACCCCCAGGGGGCGCUGUCCCGGGCCCACGUCUCCAAACGCCGCCAAACGCCUUUACCGAAACCUGUCGGACAAACUCCGAGGAAGCACCUCCUCCUUCGAAGACACUUACUUCUUUGGGAAGUCUGACCGCCUCCGCAAGGCCUCCCCUCGCCUCAUUACCCCUGCCGUCGACGCCUGCUCCAGCGGCCGACAUUUUGGGUCGAUACAGAUCCGGUUAGACCGAUCCGGUUAG